UCCGGUGUUCUCGUUCCGAGAGAGGCGUCCUCCGAGUAGAGAGGCCGCGAUGCUGGGCUUCCUGAAGCACCCGGUGAUCUUCUCAGUGGAAGUCAAUGCGAAUGUGGUGCUUCUGUCUGUUCUGGGGCUCCUGACCCGCUUGUGGGGCCUCUCCCACCCCAGGGCCGUCGUUUUUGACGAAGUGUAUUAUGGGCAGUUCCUGUCCCUGUACAUGAAGCGGAUCUUCUUCGUGGACGACAGUGGGGCCCCCCUUGGACACAUGCUCCUGGCUCUCGGAGGGUACUUGGGAGGCUUUGAUGGGAACUUCUUGUGGAACCGGAUCGGAGCAGAAUACACUCCCAACGUGCCAGUCUGGGCCUUGCGCCUCCUCCCCGCCGUGUCCGGCGCACUUGCGGUGCCGUUGUCCUACCAGAUCCUGGUGGAGAUGCGCUUCUCGCAUGUCGUCGCCUUCGGAGCCUCCGUCCUCAUCUUGCUGGAGAACGCCUUCAUCACUCAGUCCCGGCUGAUGCUGCUCGAGUCCGUCUUGAUCUUCUUCAUCCUUUUGGCCCUUUUGUCCUACCUGAAGUUCCACAACUCCCAAAGCCCUUUUUCAGCACGAUGGUGGUUCUGGCUUUUGCUCACUGGUUUUUGCUGCUCCUGCGCCGUUGGGGUGAAAUACAUGGGCUUCUUCACUUACGGCCUGAUUUUGGCCGUCGGAGGAGUCCAUGCCUGGCAACUGAUUGGCGACCAGACCUUGUCCAACGUCUCCCUCCUGUGCCACUUUGUGGCCCGUGUCCUGGCACUGGUGCUAUUCCCGGCGGUCGUCUACCUGUCCUUCUUCUACCUCCACCUGGCCUUGCUCUACCGCUCCGGCCCGCAUGACCAGAUCAUGAGCAGCGCCUUCCAGGCCAGUUUGGAGGGGGGUCUUUCCCGGAUCACUCGGGGUCAGCCGCUGGAGGUGGCCUACGGCUCCCAGGUCACACUGCGCAAUGUCCUGGGCAAACCCUUGCCCUGCUGGCUCCAUUCGCACAAGAACACCUACCCCAUCAGGUAUGAAGAUGGGCGGGGCAGCUCCCACCAGCAGCAGGUGACCUGCUACCCCUUCAAAGACGUCAACAACUGGUGGAUCGUCAAGGACCCCGGGAUGCAGCAGCUGGUGGUGAGCAACCCCCCACGCCCCGUGCGCCACGGCAGCCUUGUGCAACUCGUCCACGGCAUCACCACACGCUUCCUCAACACGCACGACGUGGCCGCUCCGCUCAGCCCUCAUGCACAGGAAGUCUCUGGCUACAUUGACUACAACGUCUCCAUGCCAUCCCAGAACCUCUGGCGCCUGGAAAUUGUGAACCGGGAAACCGAUACGGACAUCUGGAAAACGAUCCUUUCUGAAGUCCGGCUUGUCCAUCUCAACACCUCCGCGGUGCUCAAGCUCAGCGGGGCCUCCCUCCCGGCAUGGGGCUACCGGCAGCUGGAGGUGGUGGGGGAGAAGGCCUCCAAGGGGCACCACCAGAGCAUGCUCUGGAACGUGGAGGAGCACCGCUAUGGCAAGAGCCAGGAGCCGAAGGAGCGGGAGGCAGAGCUGCAUUCUCCGACGCAGAUCAGCAUCGGGCAGAACCUCUCCUUCCUGGCCAAGUUCAUGGAGCUGCAGUGGAAGAUCCUGACGCUGAAGAACGAGGAGGCAGAGCACAAGUACAGCUCCUCCCCUUUGGACUGGGUCACCAUGGAGACCAACAUCGCCUACUGGUUCCAGGCCUCCUCUGGGGCCCAGAUCCACCUACUGGGCAACAUGGCCACCUGGACUUCAGCCAACGUGGCUGUGGCCGCCUACCUGGCCCUCUUCUUGUGGUACCUCCUGCGGCGGAGGCGGGGCGUCUGCGACAUCCCCGAUGAGGCCUGGGAGCAGUGGGUCUUGGCGGGGAGCCUCUUCCUGGGCGGCUGGGCCCUCAACUACCUGCCCUUCUUCCUGAUGGAGAAGACCCUCUUCCUCUACCACUACCUGCCGGCCCUCACCUUCCAGAUCCUCCUGGUCCCUGUCGUCCUCCAACACAUCAGCGACCACCUCUGCAGGUCCCGCCUCUCCCAGAGCAUGCUGCGUGCCCUUGUGGCGGCCUGGCUGUCCUCGGUCUGCCUGACUCACCACUCCUUCUGGCCGCUGACAUACGGGGAGCCCCCACUCUCGGCCGCCGGCCUCCGGAGCCUGCGCUGGAAGGACAGCUGGGACCUCCUCAUCCGGAGGCAGCAGCGCCAACCCUGAGGAAGGGCAGGAGGGCCAGCGGGCCGGGACUGAGCACACGCCACGGGACAUGCUGCAGCAACCAAGAUCCACAACCAAGACUU